GUUAGCUCUGCCACUGUGAUGGGUGCGCACACUGUGAUGUAAGCUGGAAGAAUGCAAGAAUGUUCGGCUCCUGUUUGGAAAAGAAGUCCGUAUCCAAGAAGCUGGUCCUCUCCCAGUCUAGUUUGUCAAUGAUCUUUCUCAUGGCUUUGUCUUGCAGUGUUUUCUUACUGCACCAGGUUAGCACACUAAGAGAAGAACUGCAGGAACUCAACAAGGAAAUUCACAUGUACCUAAACCACGAGCCUGCAGCACAGCAGCACUCAACAGUGCAUACAAGAGAACUGAAAUUGGUGCCAAGCAGUUUUGAAAAGAGGCAGCAAUAUCAGACUCUGAACUCCCUGAUAAGAACGAGGAGAGAAGCGAGAGGUUCCGCAAAACAUCAGUCGUUCAUGCAGUUGAAAGCUGUAAAAGAUGCAGAGCUAAUUCAGAAAGGUGAUAUAACCAUCAUUCCCUGGGCAGUUAGUGUUGAAAAGGGGGAAAGCCUGGCUACAGCUGAUAAUAAAAUGAUUGUACAAGAAGACGGUUAUUACAUGGUGUAUGGCCAGGUUUUGUUCCUGAAUCCUGGGAUUCACGAUGUAAUGGGUUAUCUUAUCCAGAGGAGAAGAUCCAGCGUAGCUGGGACAGAGCAGAGAUACACAAACCUGCUGCUCUGUUUGCAGGAAAUGCCAAAGGAAAGAAGCACCAACUCCUGCUACACUGCAGGUGUAGUGAAACUAGACCAAGGGGACGAGCUGGAGUUGGUAAUCCCCGACCGACCGAACGCUCAAAUCUCCAUGGAUGCGGACUCCACAUUUUUUGGGGUUAUACAACUCAUGUAAAUUACUCUGGACUAAGGACCUGCCACACCCUGGCUGGCCAGUGGAGUAAUAGUAUGCAUACUUUGGUCUUUAAGCUUUUGUGUCUGUCUCAUA